ACAAUUUAUUGACACUCCCAUCUCCAGCCGUAGGAGGAACUUCAUUAAUAACUACAAAGCCAAAAAUCCCACUAAAUAGCCAUGACGUCCAAUCCAACCCUACAAGAUCAGGCCCUCAAUCACCCUGGUUGCCCUUUGAAGGUGGCUUCCGGAAGAUCUGCAGAAGAAACCGAGCGACUUGAGAAACUGCAUUCGCGUUUUAAGCCCUUCUGGUUGACUGAGACCCUCUUAAUUGGCCCUUGGCUCCCCACGGACGAGGACAAGGCUGCAUUGAUCAGGUACUUGAACGACCCCAAAGUGCAUACGUACCUCCUAGGCCCCCCGUUUCCCUACACUCUGGACCAUGCAGACUAUUGGAUCACUCAUCGGAUCGAGAGAAUGACAAAGAAAGGCACUCCUCUGGACUAUUGCAUUCGGGACAUGGCAAGAGGCGGCAAGGCUAUUGGCAACGUUAUGGUAUCGGAUGAAAGCGACGAUGUCCUAUAUGGCGAUGAUAUUGGAUAUUGGUUAGAUCCUGAGUAUCAUGGCCAAGGUCUGAUGGCCAAAGCGCUAGGGCUGCUUCUACAGGAGGUUUCGAUAAAAGAGGUCGGCAAACGCAAGUUUAAUGCUUGUGCGUUUGAGGGUAACUGGUCAAGUCGCAGAACCAUGGAGAAGUUGGGCUUUAAAAUCCAGCCAGAUAUUAAGAGGAAAGCGGAGAAGUUUGGUGAGGAGGUUCAUCUUUGGACUUUUCAACUGAUUCUGACCGAGGAAGAGGUUGCUCAAAGAGAGACAUUUGUCGAGGCCACACCUCUGCCCUCCCUCGCGCAGCAGCGGUAGCCUGAAGCUUUCAAAUUAGGAUUAAUAAAUACUAUUGCUCUAAGCUACUAUCCUUCACGUUCUAGUGACC